UAUUUUGUAACUUUCAGCUAAAUAGGCUUCAAUAAACUUUAUAGCAAAAUUAAUACGUUAGAAUAAAUUAAUUCCGUUUUGUCCUUUUCUGAUUAAAUUCUUUUUUUUACUACUAAAUUUUUGUUUUACCCUAAUGAGUUAAAAGAAUCAGAGGGAUAACGAAUAAAGUGAAGCCACUGUGCAGUUGACUGAUCGAUACACAAAGAUGUUGCAAUUUGGCCGAAGCACGGUGAGUGCAGCGCUGCAGCAUUACUGUCACCAUAAGUUGGUGUCUACUUGGUCACCCCUGGCCACUGCCUUCAAUGCCCCCCCGGGAAAACGAAUAAAUUUCACCCGUGAAGAUGUAGGACUCUUCCACAUGCCUGAGUUGCGGACCUUCGACGGCUUUUACCUUUUGCGUGACAAUGUAGAGCACAAGACUCAGGAAUUGAUAGCGGAGGCAAUCUCCAACAAAAGGCGGCGUAAAAUUGUCGACAUUUUCGACGAACUUUCCGACUCUUUGUGCAAAGUUGCCGAUUUGGCUGAAUUCAUUAGGAUAGCCCAUCCAAAAAACAAAUAUAUGCAGGCUGCUGAGGAGGCGUGUAUCAGUAUUUGCGGAGUGGUUGAGAGCUUGAACACACACAAACCUUUGUACCAGGCCCUUAGUAAGGUGGUUGAGCAGGGUGACAUUCUACCUACAAGCGAGGUGGACAGACAUGUAGCCAAGCUGUUUCUCUUUGAUUUUGAACAAUGCGGAAUACAUUUGCCCGAGGAGGAGAGACUUCGCGUCGUUCGUCUUAACGAUUAUAUACUUCAAUUGGGUCAAAAGUUUAUGAAUGGCGCUUCCCAACCGACCACAUUGCACCGCAGACAAGUCCCGGAGUCCAUAAGGAACUAUUUCCCCACUUCCGGCGACAAUGUCAUCAUUACGGGUCUCUGUACUAACGCCGAAAAUGUUCAGAUGAGGGAGGCAGCCCAUCGAUUGUAUUUACAACCUCUGGACAGCCAAGAAGAAUUGCUAAAGGAUCUGUUGCUUUGUCGCCACGAGUUAGCGCGGAGCUGUGGCUUUGAGACCUACGCCCAUCGUGCUCUCAAUGCCAGUACCAUGGAACGUCCAGAACUAGUACGUGAAUUUAUUGAUGAGCUCUCAGACCAACUGCGUCCGCGGGCCGAAGCUGACUUUACCCUAAUGACCAAAAUGAAGCGUAAGGAAAGUGGACAGCCAAACGCCCUAGCCGAGAUUUGGGAUACUCCGUAUUUCACCACUCAACUGAAGCGUCAAUCGUUGGAGGCGCAAGCCAAUGAGUUCCUGCCCUAUUUUUCGCUGGGUGGCUGUAUGGAGGGUCUCGAUAAUCUGCUGCAAUCUUUGUAUGGCGUUCGAUUGGAGAACACAGAGAUGGAGCCCGGUGAGUCCUGGGCAAGUGACAUCUACAAACUAGCUGUAGUUCACGAGAAUGAAGGACUUCUGGGCUACAUUUAUUGCGACUUUUUCGAAAGGAUUGGAAAACCUAAUCAGGAUUGCCACUUUACUAUUCAAGGCGGCAAGCGACUACCCGGCGGUGGGUACCAGUUGCCCAUUGUCGUCGUUAUGCUGGGUUUGGCCCAGCCACGUUGGACGGGACCCACUUUGCUCUCACCUUCUCGAGUGGACAAUCUAUUUCACGAGAUGGGCCAUGCGAUGCACUCUAUGUUAGCACGCACAGAGUUCCAACAUGUUACGGGGACACGUUGCUCUACUGACUUUGCCGAGGUGCCCUCGGUGCUAAUGGAGUACUUUGCCAGCGACCCUCGGGUACUGCGCACGUUUGCUCGCCAUUUCCAGACCCACCAGCCCAUCUCGGAAGACAUGCUGAGAAGGCUGUGCGCGUCGAAGCAUUUAUUUGCAGCCAGCGAGACCCAGCUCCAAGUGUUCUACUCAGCUCUGGAUCAGGAAUAUCACGGAGAAGGGGCCGGUAAGGGACGCAACACCACAGAAAUCUUAAAGGAUGUGCAAAACCGCUACUAUGGACUUCCCUAUGUGGAAAAUACAGCGUGGCAGCUCCGAUUCUCCCACCUAGUGGGCUAUGGAGCAAAAUACUAUUCCUAUCUCAUAUCCAAGACCAUUGCCUCUUGGAUCUGGCAAACAUAUUUCGAGGCCAACCCUUUCAAUCGGCAGGCAGGAGAGAAAUAUCGCUCUGAGAUUCUGGCACACGGCGGAGCCGUGCCCAGCCGCAAGUUGGUAGCAAAUUUCCUGCAGCGUGAAAUGACCCCGAGCAUAUUGGCCCACAGUCUUAUCCAUGAAAUUGACACGGACGAGUCUAAGAUUAAGGAACUCAUUGUAAGCAAAAUUUAGCCGCUUUCGCCACUCAAAUGUUUUUGUAUAUAUAUAUUUUUGUGAUUAAAAUUAGUCAACUGUCAUCGCGAA